AUGGGAAGUCGCGGAAGCUGUCACGAUGCUUCGAGUUGCGCUGCGAAACGUGGUUUUGCAGUCGAAACGUCAAGAAGCGCUCUCUCGCGAAGCUCAAUUCCUUGGAAGAAUACGCCUUUCCUCGCAUCGCCUCUGGUGACUGCUGUCCUUCUCGCUCUGCUCGUUCCCAGCGCCGUCGCUGGCUCGUCCAGACCAUCCGCGUUGCAAGCGGACUCUUUAGCAGCGUAUCUUUCAGAAACGAGCGACCAUUUGCCGAUGACGUCACGAGUGCUCUCUCUGGCGGAUUACGCUUCUUGGGAGGGUUCUGUGCGCCGGAGAUUGGUGGAUGACGUGGCAUCAACGGUCAACAGCGUGCUAAGUCCCGAGGCGGUGAGUCAGCUGGUGGGGCGGCUGAGGGCGCUGAGGGUGCGACUGGGGGAGGUGGUAACGCGGGCGAACACGACCAUGCAGCUGCUGCCGGGACUGGACGAGGAGAACGGCGCGGAGGGCAGCGGGGAGGGGCUGGAGAGCGUGAAGGUGGUUGAUGUGGUGGAUGACGAUCAGACGCCACUCAAACUCGACUGGGGUCGGGCUGUGAGCAAGGAGCAGCGGGAGAAGGAGGAGAAGGACAAGCAGGCGCAGGGGCGAUGCCCCUCAGAUGCUCAAGCAGGAGGGGGCGCAGGCGGCGCUGCUGACGUGGCGGCGGCUCAUAGGCUGGCGGCACAUGCGGACUGGAGGGGCGGAUUCGCGAAUGGGAGCUUGGCAUGGGCGCCGGAGAAGGAUAGAUACAUUCUCAUGGAUUGCCACAGAGGAAGGUCCAGCACGCGCAUCCGCUGCUUCCGCAAUUACAUGCUGCUGGCGGGCCUCUCAAACCGCACGCUGCUGGUGCCGAUGAACACAACAGAGGUCGCGUCUGGGUACGACCGCCGCAUCGUGUUUGACUUCGACCACGCGUGGAGCCACACGCCCGCGAAUUUCACAAUCAACAACACGGGAGCGGACGGCGGGAGUCGGGGCAUGGGAUGGCAGAAGGAGAGCGAAGUAACCGAGAUUCAGGAUAAGAGAUUCGUGGCAGUGCAUUGGAGAAGGGGCGAGAUGGGGAUGGGGUGCAAGGAACCUGGGGUGAUGUGUCACGUGCGGGCGGCGCAGGCGGCUGGGUGUAUUGCGAGGGUGAUGGAGAAAGCUGGGGGGAUUAAGACGGUGUUUCUCGUGUCUGAUGCCAGUCCCAAGGAGCUCACUGAGAUUCGCAACGCUCUCUUUCAACACAUUCAAGACCUUCGCCUCGUCAUGCUGCCCCCGAACCUUCGCGGGCAGAAGUGGGCUGCCCGGCUGAAAAGUUACGACUUUCAACACCAGGGGCUGAUUGUUUCUACUGUAGACAAAUGUGUCGCCGCCCUGGCUGAUAUUUUUCUCGGGACCGCUGGAUCGAGCUUCACUCUUGACAUCCAACGGCUGAGAUCGGGCCUCAGGACGGCCAGCUGUGAAGAUUCAUUCAUUUGUGAGGGUGCUGGUGAGCAUGCUUCGUCUCUUACCACACGCAGGUGA